AACUUCUCUUACACCACAAUUGUCACUUCCAUCACCACCAAAAGACUACAAAUCCAUCUCACCUUCUUUAGCCAUGCCACAAAACUGCAUAGCACCUAAACCAGAAUACAGCAAUAGUAUCCCUGUGGAAGAGCCACCAGAGAUGACCGAGCCCCAUAACUCAAUUAUCCUUUCCUACCCCAUUCAAAUCAAUGAACAAUCUUUACCAAAACUCACUAUGUACCCAAUAACUUUGAAGUUUGAGGAAUUGACAUACAAAGUUAAACUAGAGCAUAAAGGUCUAUGUUGGGGCAGCACAUGGAGUUCAACAGAGAAGGCCAUAUUGAAAGGGGUUACAGGUAUGGUUUUCCCAGGAGAAAUAUUGGCUAUGCUGGGACCAUCUGGUAGUGGAAAAACCACACUUCUUACAGCUCUUGGAGGACGUCUUGGUGGUAAAUUAUCAGGAAAAAUCACAUACAAUAAUCAACCUUUUUCAGGCUCCAUAAAAAGAAGAACAGGUUUUGUGACCCAGGAUGAUGUGCUAUACCCUCAUCUCACUGUAACAGAAACUCUAGUCUUCACUGCACUUCUAAGGCUACCCAACAGCUUGACAAGGGAUGAGAAAGUUCAGCAUGUAGAACAUGUUAUCAAUGAGCUAGGACUAACUAGGUGCAGGAGUAGCAUGAUUGGAGGACCACUUUUCAGAGGAAUAUCAGGUGGGGAGAAAAAGAGAGUGAGUAUAGGCCAGGAAAUGCUCAUCAAUCCAAGCCUGUUGCUGCUAGAUGAACCCACUUCAGGUUUGGACUCUACAACAGCACAAAGGAUCAUAAACACAAUUAAAAGCUUGGCUAGUGGGGGUAGAACUGUUGUCACCACCAUUCAUCAACCCUCUAGUCGCCUUUACCACGUGUUUGAUAAGGUGGUCUUGCUCUCUGAAGGGUACCCCAUUUAUUAUGGCUCUGCUUCAACUGCCAUGGAGUACUUUUCAUCACUUGGUUUUUCCACAUCCAUGACUGUCAAUCCAGCUGAUUUUUUGCUUGAUCUUGCCAAUGGGAUUGCCCAGGAAAACAUGCAUGCAACUGAACAAAGUGAGAACCAGGAACAAGAAAGGAAGCUGGUGAGAGAAGCUCUCAUCUCUGCUUAUGACAUGAACAUAGCUACAAAGCUGAAAGCUGAACUUUGCAGCUUGGAGGUGAACAACCACAACACCACGAAAGAUGCUACAGCAAAAAAUCACAUAAAACCGGAGCAAUGGUGCACAAGUUGGUGGCAUCAAUUCAAAGUAUUGUUGCAGAGGGGCCUGAGGGAGCGAAGGUAUGAAGCCUUCAACAGGCUAAGAAUAUUCCAAGUUGUAAGUGUCUCUUUCCUUGGUGGACUGCUGUGGUGGCGCACACCAGAAUCACACAUUGAAGACAGGAUCGCCCUGCUAUUUUUCUUCUCUGUUUUCUGGGGAUUCUACCCCCUCUACAAUGCUGUUUUCACAUUUCCUCAAGAGAGAAGAAUGCUAAUCAAGGAACGGUCAUCAGGAAUGUACAAGCUUUCUUCCUAUUUUCUAGCUAGAACAAUAGGAGACUUGCCACUAGAGCUUGCACUUCCAACUGCAUUUGUCUUCAUAAUCUAUUGGAUGGGAGGGCUUAAACCUCACCCUAUGACAUUUGCACUUACCCUUCUUGUGGUUCUUUAUAGUGUCCUUGUCUCUCAAAGUCUUGGCUUAGCAUUUGGUGCUAUUUUGAUGGAGGUUAAACAAGCAACUACUUUAGCUUCUGUGACAACGCUUGUAUUUCUCAUUGCUGGAGGAUACUAUAUACAACAGAUUCCUCCCUUCAUAGAGUGGCUCAAGUACUUAAGCUAUAGUUACUACUGUUACAAGCUUCUUCUUGGUGUGCAAUACAGUGAUGAUGAUAAGUAUGAGUGCUCAAAAGGGGUGUUGUGCAAGGUUGAAGAUUUUCCUCCAAUAAAAUCAAUGGGUUUCAAUCAUCUGUGGAUUGAUGUGUCUAUUAUGGCAAUUAUGUUGGUGGGUUAUCGAUUAAUUGCUUAUUUAGCACUACAGAGAGUGAGGUAGUGAUAAAUUGUGGCUGAGCUUCCAUAGACAUAACAUGAGAACUUGAAAGAGUA